UGAAAUAUUUUUAUGUUUUAAUUUUUUUUAAAAUAAUUAUUGUCCAACGUUGGUGUAUAUUUCUAUUUAUACACCAACAAAUUUUUUUUUUAUUAUUAUUCGUCUUGAAAUAUAGAUUAAUGAAAGCGGGAUCUAAGAUAAAUUCGUAAAUCCAAAAUUCGGAAGUUAAAAAACAAUAUUGUACGACUUUUAGACAAAGUUAGGCUUGUAAUAUUUCAUUUCCAUUUUUAACCAGAUUCACUAUCUAUUAUAAAGUAUAAACUUCCAUUUUGCAUGUAACCGAAUUUUGAUUUUUUAUGUCUGUUUUGUCAGGUCAAUUACUAUGUCCUAUUUGUUGACAGUUUCGUCGUAGGAAAUCCACUUUCUGUCCAAAACCCACAUGCAAUAAUCUCAACCUCUCAUAUGAAACUGAGAUUUAGACAGCGACUAGUGAGUGUCUGAUAAGUCAGUACGUUGUUCUUUGGCUCUCUUCUUUAUACGAAAGAAAGAAAAAAGAGGUGCAAUCAGUUUUUAACCGAAAGAAUUUGAUGGGUUAUCAGUCAUCGUCAUCGUCGGAGCACCUAAUCCUGGAAUCGAUCUCUAAAGGAAAAUCUGAUGAGGAUGGACCUACCCUUGGUUCUUACAGUGCGUGGCUGAUGAAGCAUCCUUCUGCAUUGGACUCAUAUGAAGGGAUGAUGAAGCCUGUUAAAGGAAAAAGCUUGGUUGUAUUUUUGGAUUAUGAUGGAACCCUAUCACCAAUAGUUGAUGAUCCUGAUAAAGCUUUCAUGUCCGAGAAAAUGCGUUCAGCGGUUGAAGAAGUUGCUCGUGUAUUCCCCACAGCAAUAAUUAGUGGAAGGUGCCGCGAUAAGGUGAAAAGAUUUGUUCAACUAGAGAAUGUAAUCUAUGCUGGCAGUCAUGGGAUGGACAUUUUUACCACAAUAGGUUCAUUCAAGUGCAACAACCAGCAUCGAUUUAGGGCUGUUGAAAAUGAGGGUGAUGGAGUCAUCUACUUUCAGCCAGCAAAAGCUUUUUUGCCUGAAAUUCAAGAGAUAUUGAAGGUACUAAAAGAGAAAACCAAGACCAUCAAAGGUGCCAUGGUUGAAGACAACAAAUUCUGCAUUUCUGUGCAUUAUCGGCUUGUAAAUGUGGAGGAUGUUGAUACUCUAAAGGAGAUGGUGAAAUCAAUCAUGGAGGAUUACCCCAGCUUUCGCAUAACAGGAGGCAAAAAGGUUAUGGAGAUACGUCCUCAGAUAGAUUGGGACAAGGGUCGUGCUCUGCAAUAUCUGAUCCAAAAUCUUGGUUUCGACGACUGUAAUGAUUUUCUGCCACUGUAUAUAGGAGAUGAUAAGACAGAUGAAGAUGCUUUCAAGGCUAUCAAGGACAUUGGUAGAGGAUACCCCAUCGUUGUUUCUUCUAUACCAAAGGAGACCAAGGCUUCCUACUCGUUGCGCGAUACAGAUGAAGUAAUGUCAUUCCUACUGAAUCUAGUGAAGUGGAAAAGUUCUUCUGCCAGUGAUAAUUAGUUUGGUGUUCGAGAGAUGAAUUACAGCAAAAUCUAGAACUCCAGAAGAGUAAUUAAUUAGUUAAUGGAGGCCAAAAAAGAUUGACUUUUACAAGGGGAUUAUGAUAUUCAAAUAGCGAUACUUAGUUUUAUUUAAAAUAUAGUAAGUUUACUGGACCCCUUGAAAUACCAUAUUCAGGAAUUAGGAAAACAAGAAGAAAUAGAUAGAGGGCAAAAAGAGGUAAAGAAGAACCUGAAAGAAAAAUGGUUUACAUUAUUUCAUUUGAAUUUUAAUCAUUAUGAUAAUAUCCCUGCUUUAUUUAUUUAUUUUUAUAUCCAUUAAUUUCAUGAUUUAAAUG